UAAAUUUUUCCUUGCUUCACAAGUGUUCUCCGGAAAAUUCAACUCCAAAAAAAAGAAAAAGUCUCGGGGUUUCUUGUACAUUCAACUUGAAUUGUAUCAAGAACGAUUUACUUUUGUUUUUCAAUAUGCCGCUUCCUCAAGCUUUAUUAGCUCGUCUUCAAAAGCGAGGAAUCGUUAAAGCUGCGGAACCAGAAAUUGAAGAAGAAGUCAUUGCAGAGGAUUAUGAUGACAAUGAAAAGGAAGAGUACGUUCCACAAAAUGGUGUUGUGCAUGAAGACUUUUCUGAACUCAAAGAAGCUUGGAUUGGUUGCCCGAAUAAGUGGAACAUAUAUCAUGAUUGUACCAAAUAUUGUAAAGAUGCUUGGGGAUCUGGAAAAGAACUACCUUCUCCCAAAACUGAAAGAAAAAGAUUACUGAUGCUAAAGAAAUAUCCCUUACCAGAUGGUUGGGAAGAAAUUUAUGAUCCUGGAAUAGGAAGACACUAUUAUUGGAAUACAAAAACUAAUGAAGUAUCUUGGCUAUCACCAAAGCAUCCAAGAAGCAAAGUUUCCUUACCAGCAGAAAAACUAAGAGCAUUGAUUAAAGAAAAUUUCUUAGAACCUAUGGAAGAAGGGGAAGACUUGGAUCAAAGUGAUUCAGAAGACGAGUCUGAAGAUGAAGAGAAUGAGCGGACUAAUGAAGAAAAAGAAAGACAUGACAGGCACGCACGAAGAGAACAUGCUAGGGAACAUGCCAGAUCACGAGGACGUCCUAAAGUCCGAGAAAAUGAUUUAGACCCCAUGGACCCCGCUGCUUACUCAGAAGCUCCCAGAGGAACAUGGUCAUCUGGGCUGGACCGUAAAGGAGAGGCCAAGACAGGAGCAGACACAACUGCAUCUGGGCCUUUGUACCAAAUGAGGCCCUAUCCUAGUCCAGGGGCAGUACUGCGACUGAAAUGCAGAGAUCAAGAACAAAGAUAAAGAGGAAUCAGACUCGGAGUAGAUGUGAAGAAUUGUAUUAUGCAACUGUAAAUAAAACUGUUUCG